AUGCUGAGCCCGUUGCUGCUGGGCCUGGCAACAACAGCGACCCUUUUGGCCCUGGCCGUAGCUGGAAUCCUGGCGGCGCUCUACCGGAAGCACUCGAACGGCCGGCCAGGAAGUCCAAAGCACGCUCCCAUCGUGUGCGAGCCACCUAAUGCAGGUGCAACUACUCCGGUACACCCGCAGACGAAGCAGGCGGUCGAUGACAUCGAUCCGGACAUCAUACCCAACGAGUACGAGAGAAGACCUCUAACGUACACUCCGAUAUAUAAGACACCGCCGCAACGAAGAAAGAAAGAUCGCGUUAUGGACGAGGCGAUCUCGCCGGAGAAAAGGCCGAUUGUGCAACACGGUUUAGAUCUACCGCCGGAUCCAAUGUUGACCGAUUGUCUGCCAACGCCAACCAUAAAUUAUCCUCAGAAUCAUGUAUCCCAAGCGAACGCUUACAGCAAUCCACCCACUAUGGCGGACUUCAAGCAGAUGGCAAUGGAUGCUUACAAUCAGCGAAACAACCAAAACAUGUACUACAGUCUCCAGAGGUCAGGCAAAGGGUUGUCGUCGAUGCCGCAGAGGCCGGUCUCCUCGUCGGUUUCCGCGCAGGGCAAGUUCCAUCAGCCGGAAGUGGUCACACGCUCGAAUCGAAUACAAGAGAGUUGUAUAUAA